GAGCUCACUCCUUUCCUGCUGAGGUUUCAAGGGGCUAAACCUGGAGCAGUUCAGCUUGUAACCAAUUGGAGCCGUCGGGGGAAGCCUGUCUGAAACGGCUGCAGAGGUUUUUCCAGGGGCAGCAGCAGCUGCUCGCUACACUUGGUGGCCAGCCCCUCGCCUGCGCUGUGGAGAAGAUGGCUCUGUGUCGGAGCUCUCAGACGGGGGCCGGGACGCUGCUCCUUGUGGCUGCUCUUUGCCUGUGCCUGGGUGUUUGCGACGGCAGGUCCGAGGCUUCGAGGGGAGUGGCGAUCCCCUUUGUGUUCGAUCUGAAGGCCUCCUGUGACCCCUUGUGCCAGCACGCGGGCAUCUGCAUACGGAACAACACCUGCUUCUGCUCCAAGGGCUACGAAGGGGAGCAGUGCCAGUAUGCUAAUUGCUACCCUAAGUGUAAGAACGGAGGAGAAUGUCUUCGACCAGGAAAAUGCAGGUGUCCACCAGGCUAUGGAGGCAAAUAUUGUCAUAAAGUGACAUGCGAGGGGGGCUGCUGGAACGGAGGCGAAUGCAUCGCCGUCAAUGGGAUUGCCAAGUGCCUCUGUCCCUCGAGCUGGACCGGCUCGAAAUGCCAAGAAGCAAUCUGUCCUCAGGGAUGUAGAAACGGAGGGAGCUGUGUGGCUCCUGGCAUCUGCAGCUGUCCAGAGGGCUGGCUUGGAGGAGCGUGUCACAUAGCUAUCUGUAAGCGUCCGUGUCAGCACGGCGGGAAAUGCGUCGCGCCGAACGUCUGCAGGUGCCGCGCGCCUCACGACGGGCCGCAGUGCGCGGACAGAAAGAAACUGUGAAGCGCCAAGACUCGACAAGCCGUUUAUUUUUUUAAACUGCGAACUAGAAAUAAAGGCGCUUUAACUUUUUAGUAACCCGGGUGUUAAUCACUGUAAACUGAAAGGUAUUUCUUAAUGUCGUUUUAAAUAAAAAAAAAGUCAUUGAAGCA